GUUCCGGAGCUGGGACAUGGAGUCCGGGCAGCAGCCGGUGUGGCGCGGCCUGGGGCUGCUCGGGAGAAGCGGCGGGGAGAGCCCGGCGUUAGGCCCUGCCGCGUGCGAGAGGCGGCUGCUGUGGGCUGCGUCCUUGCUGUGCGUCCUGCUGGAUCUGCAGCUGCCAGGUUUGCUGGCUGCUGGGCAAGCAGAGAUUGAAAACCACCUUGAAAUGGGGCGGAAGCUGUUAGCGGCUGGGCAGCUGGCCGAAGCACUAUCACACUACCACUCUGCCGUUGAAAGUGAUCCCAAAAACUACCUUACCUACUACAAACGGGCAACCAUCUACUUGGCUAUGGGCAAGUUCAAAGCAGCACUUCCGGACCUCUCAAAGGCGAUUGAGCUCAAGCCGGAUUUCCUGUCUGCCCGACUGCAACGAGGCAACAUCCUCCUGAAGCAAGGCAACACGCAAGAGGCCAAGCAGGACUUUGAGGCUGUGCUCAAGAGCAAUCCAGAAAACACAGAGGCCCAAAACCAACUCGCACGUGUCACCGAGUUAGAAUUUUCCAUGCACGAAUCUCGAACUGCCUUUCAGGGGCAAAACUACGUGGGAGCAAUUGGUUACCUGGAUCGAGCAAUUGAGAUUUCUCCCUGGGACCCAGAAGCCAAGGAGCUGCGUUCCGAGUGCUACCUGUACCUGGGUGACUACAACAAGGCCAUCCUGGACCUCAAACCCACCACCAAGCUACGCAAUGACAACAGGGCUGCUUUCCUCAAGCUCAGCAAGCUCUAUUACAGCCUGGGCGAUCACGAGGAGUCCUUAAACCAAGUGCGGGAGUGCCUGAAACUGGACCAAGAUGACAAAGACUGCUUCUCACACUACAAGCAAGUGAAGAAGCUUGCCAAGCAGUUAGAAUCAGCUGAGGAAUUCGUCAAAGCUCAGAGGUAUGACGACGCCAUUGAGAAAUACAAAGCAGCUAUGAAGACAGAGCCCACUGUGGAGAUAUAUUCCACAAAAGCAAAAGGACGCAUCUGUCACUGUUUGUCCAAGAACAAGCAGCCCCAAGAAGCCAUUGACAUCUGCACAGAAGCGCACCAGCUCGAUCCCAGGAAUGUCUUCAUCCUUCGUGACCGGGCUGAAGCCUACAUCCUGAACGAGGAGUUUGACAAGGCCGUUGAAGACUAUCAAGAAGCCAAAGAGUUCGAUGGUGAAAACGAGGAAUUAAAAGAAGGGCUGGAGAGGGCACAGAAGCUCCUGAAGCAGUCCAAGAAGCGAGACUAUUACAAAAUCCUCGGGAUCCGGAGGAAUGCAAACAAGCAGGAGAUCAUCAAGGCCUACCGGAAGCUGGCUCAGCAGUGGCACCCCGACAAUUUCCAGUCCGAAGAUGAGAAGAAAGAAGCUGAGAAGAAGUUCAUUGAUAUUGCUGCAGCAAAGGAAGUCCUAACAGAUCCAGAAAUGCGCCAGAAGUUCGACUCCGGCGAAGACCCACUGGACCCUGAGAACCAGCAGGGUGGGGCAGGACACCAGCAUCAGUGGCCCUUCGAGUUCAACCCCUUCGGCUCCGGGAACUUUCACUUCAAGUUUCAUUUCAAUUAACUUGGCCGAGGCCAGAACUAGGCAAAACCCGCGGCCAGCGAACAGCCCCAUGGACCUCUGGGCAACGCCUCACCUUGCAGAGGCGAGGGGACUGCCACCCUGGCCCAAACCAGCUGCUGCUCCGUAAUGGGGGGCGCCCACUGCGUUCCAGCAUCUCUUGUCCGUUUUCUGGCUGCUUCAUGCUAAGCAGAGCCGAGCCUUCGAGAAAGACGGUUCCCCUCCGGUGGCAGCUUUGAGACGGGGCGGACCGUGCAUGAAGAGCUUUAACCACGUCUCGGAAGCCCUGCCUUUCACAGCAUCCCUCCGCAAGUUAGAUGUAGCUGACGCCGUGAUGCCCCGUCCAGCAGGACGUCAGUUACGCCUCCUCAGCUGUCGAAGGGAGCUCUUGCCAGGAGAGCGGCCCUUUCCCGCCAGCCAGCCAGCCAGCCAGCCAGCCAGCCAGCCAGCCAGCCACCCCCCUCUGCUGCUCCAGCGCCACCACUGAGCAGCUCCUUCUUAGUCUGGGGGGGGGCAGCUGAACCUCUCCUUCCUGUGCCCCACUUGAGUGCACCUUCCUGAGAACCCCCCGCCAUGAAAGAGCAUGGGCUUUGAGUCACGUGGUGUGGGAGGACCACGUCCUCGCGAUACGGACAGCCAGCGCACAGUGGGAUCUUGCAAAUAUCUCCCUCCAUUGCAGCAUCUGAGAUUUUGGGGGCAGAGGGGAUCAUGGGUGGGACUUGGGGCUCGAUGUGGCCCUUGACCCUGAAAGGACAGGGAGAGGCUGGCCUCGGGUGGGCGGAAAAGGCAGGCCGGUGGCCAGGGCGGUCCCGGGCUCGUUGCCGUGGAUCAGCCGGUGAAGUGGUCAGAUUUGUCUUACCGCCGUACGGUGGAUUCUGGAGUUGCACAUUACCUACUCCCUCCUUCAAAAUGUGGGGAGAUAAAAUACCCAAGAAGCUAGUUCGGAUUUGGGAGAACCUCUUCCCCUCCCACCGUCCCAUGGAAGACCCCCCUUUGCCAGUGUUGGACUGUAUUCGUAUGUGACUAAUCUCUACAAUGGGGUGAGGAGCACUCAAGCACCCAUAACUUCCUACGGUUAAGCAAACUUAAAUUCUUUUCUUCUGCUGCUCCCCACCCAGCACAGUAGAUUAAGGAAGCCUGGUGGGCUCCAUUUAUCAUCCAGGUAGCCGAGGAGAAGGCACAUCAAGGGGGUGCAUUAACCUUCACCGAAAGUGUCGAGAUUAAAAGUUUCUACUGCAAAA